UCGUCUCUUCACGCCCACUGCCCGUCUCCGUCUCCUCUUGCAACUAUCCGCCCGUACCCAGCCCGACGUUCAUACAGUCAUACACCACGUCCGAGUCCACUACACACACGCGACCGGCGAGACAAGAGGACCCUCUCUCUUCACGAUACCCUCGACUUUCCUUCGAGUCCCUCGUCAGCCGAACCAUGAGACAUUCUGCCCGCCCUUGCGCUCCACCGAUCCCUUCGCCCACGUACGCCUCCGCCCCGUAAACGAUACCCACUACCUACAUCGUGAACAACCCUCAACGACGACUACUACCCGCCCUCGCCGGCUCUCUACAAACUUUCCCAGCGAGGCAAAGUCAAAUCACCGUCUACUGAAGAAGACGCCUUUGAUCCCCUCGCUCAGACACAAAUAUCGACUGGGCGAAUAGCCUCGGUCUCUAUAUCCCGGCCCAUGGACAUCUACCGUCAUGGCCUGGGCAACAUGAUGCCACGAAACCCGCCCUACCAUCAUCACCCGCCUCCUAGCGCUCCUCCGCAACUUUACCCGGGCCCUUCCCGCGCUCCCCCUACCAGCCGCGAAGAUCCAGAGAGUGACGGCCCCUCCAAUCGCAUUGCCCACACUCUGACGGCUUGCUGCCGCUGCCGCCAGCGUAAAACGAGAUGCGAUCCUACUCUGCCCCGUUGUCUGCCGUGCGAACGCGCCGGCUCGGUCUGCGAAUACUACGACACUACCAAGGGGAAGAAGAUCAACCGUAAUUAUGUUAUUAAGCUGCAAGAAAAGGUGCGCGCCCUCGAGGCCGAGCUACGCCAGUACACCGACGACGACAGCGAGUUCUCCCACCUCGACGAGGACAUUGUGCGACCAGGUGGCCUGGUUCGCCUGAACGAUACCGACGAGACUCCGCGCUACCUUGGCCCAAGUAGCGGCAUCGCAAUGACACGCUUGCUGGUCCAGGGCGCAAAGCUCUUUACCGACUCGAAGCGAAUUUCAGAACUGAUUCCCGAAGUUCGGGCGCGGAGGAUGACGCGCAUGCAGUCCAUCGUGAUGACCAGAGACCGAAAGAAGAGCUAUCCCAUGAUCAGCGCCCACCCUGCCCAGAGCCUGCCGACGAGACCUAUCGCCAAUAAGCUCGUAGACGUCUUUUGCCAACGAUCCCAAGUAUUUUGGCCGACGUUGCACGAGAGGCUAUUCUUGGACGAUCUUGAGGCAGUGUAUGCUGGAGACCAAGACCCCUACAAGAACCUCAUCGUCCGCAUGGUGUUUGCAAUCUCGCUACAGAAGAUGGAUCCUCAGUAUGCCGGUCUGGCCGACAGUUACUAUUUGGCCGCGAUGGAACACUUUGAGCAAGUGUCCCGGCCAAAGGAUCUCAAGUCUCUACAGAGUUUGGCGCUCAUCGGCCAAUACUCCCUUCUGACCCCCACGAGGACCGCUGUGUACUACAUGGUCGGCAUGGCCACGCGCGUUUGUCAGGCAGAAGGCCUGACGGAUGAAAAGACCAUAAGCGCCGGGAACCUCCUGGACCCCCUGACACUGGAUAUGCGCCGUCGUCUUGCCUACAUCAUCACUUCCAUGGAAGCUGGUCUGGCACAUAGCAUGGGCCGACCCAAUGGAUUCUCCAAGGCUGACGACCGGAUGGACGUGGAGCCUUUUGCGACUGUCGACGACGAGUACAUCACGGCUGACGGCAUUGGCCAGGGGCCUCCAAGCGAGAACAAGCUGGUGGCUCUGCAUUUCUUCAAGAUGCGCAUGGAGCAGGCCGAGAUCAGGAGAGUGCUCUACGAAAAGAAGCGCGAAGAGCCCAGGGAUGAGAGCCACCCCUGGUUCGCCAAGAUGGAGAGAGACAUUCAAAACUGGAUUGACUCUUCACCUCAAAAUCCGGCUUGGUGUAGGCCAUGGUUCACCGGACGUUAUCACCAGAUGCGCAUCUUCCUCUACCGGCCUUCCCCGCAAGUACCCAAACCCUCUCCACGAGCUGCGGGCAUCUGCUUUGAAGGCGCGUCAUACAUUAUCAAUCUGUCGAAGCAGCAGAUGGAAAAGGCAGCAGUCGACAUCACUUGGGUGUUCCUCCUCAACCUCUACAUGUCUCUUAACACACUGCUCUGGACGGUCUCGUAUCCCGAGGUCCGACAGGCCCACCCUCGUGACGAGGUGGAAGAACUGAGUGAUCAGACGCUAGAUAUUCUGGAACAAUGCACUGAGCGCUGGCCGGGGACUGCUCAAGCUGUCCAGCUCUACUCCAUCUUUGCCAAGGCGUGCCUCCAGAGCUACGAAGCCAGAGAUACCCCCAUCCUACAACCGUCCAGCACUUUCACGACGCCUCCUUCUCUCUUUGACGGCAACUCUCCUCAGGGUUCGGAAAUCUCAGCUUCAACAGCGCCAGGCGGUGGGCCGACGUUCAAGGGCAACCCUCCCCAUAACCCACCGCAAUUCGGUUUCGUUUUUGAUGCGACCCCUGAGUCGAUGAACACUUACCAAUGGGACCCCAACUUCCCCCCUCAUCCAACAUUCCGUUCCAACUCGAUCUGGGGCAACUCUUCUGGCGAUAACAAUCCCAAUAUGAACACGGGCGGCCGCCGUUUUUCCGCCUACCCCCCUGAGUCACCACUGGAAGACUCUACGCCUCCAGCGACGACCACGCCCGGUUACAAGUCCUCUUCCUCGCCGCCUAGCACCAUCAACAAUGCCAUGCCAACGCCUCCCGACUCGUUCAACAGCGGACCUGUCGGGACCCCCUCGAGCUCGACCAUCUCGCCGCCCCCGAUGGGAACUCCGGCCAUGUCACAGUCUUCGCCACUUGUCCUUCAGCACGGAACACCAACAAUGGCCCAGCACAGCACAAAUAUGUCACCGCCUCCGCCGCCUGUUCCCGGAAGUAGGGGGCCCGGUGGCUUUGGUGCUCCGCCGACAUCGAAUCCUGGUGCGCCACAACGCCCGCUGCCGAAUUAUAACACAACAGACUGGUUCAACCCGCCCCCUCCGUUUAUCAACCCCGACGCCUUUAGCUCGAUGAGCAAUAGUUUCUUCGGGGACUCGUUGCAAGUCAACGGCUUCAACUCACAAAACCCUGGCUUGGGGCUUGAUCAGUUUGGGGGUCCGUUCAAUUGGUCACAGGAGCGUCAAGGUAGUCUUAGCCAGCAACAGCAAGUGGAGCUAUUGAAUGUCCUAGAGAACGAGGGUAUGAGCGAUAUCGAUGCCAUUCUCAACAUGGGAAUGAACAACCCGAGCCCCGCCGCGAGUGUCUGGCCACAAGCAUGAGUUGAUUAAUGGAAGUCUGGAAAAUGGGAAGAACCAAUCGUAGUGUCUUUGUUUUGGGUAUUGGCGCGGGUGUAUUAUAUAUCGUAUACCAUGGAGUCACGGGCGGUGGGAGGCUUUGAAUUGAUUUUGCGGACAGCGGUUGCAGCGAUGCGCCUCCGCAUGGUAGGUAUACUGGGCAGUCAUGGAUCAUGAUUUACAAUAGAAAGGCGUAAGACUUGUCAUCAUAUUUUGAUAUACACUUGCUUUCUUGUGCGCUGGGGCCGACCAUGUUGAGUGAGA